AAGCUCCAGGCCCGACGCACAGAGACGCAGAUUAAGGAUCAGUUUAAAAAGCUUCGCCGGUUUCUAGACGAGGAAGAGGAGGCCAGGUUGGCUGCACUGAGGGAGGAAGAGGAGCAGAUGAGUCAGAGGAUGAAGGAGAAGAUGGAGGCUCUGAGCAGAGAGAUAGCAGCUCUUUCAGACACAGUCAGAGCCACAGAGGAGCAGCUGGGAGCUGAAGACGUCUCAUUCCUGAUCAACUACAAGGCUGCAGUGGAAAGAGUCCAGCAGUGCCCCCUGCUGGAUGAGCCACAGCUGCUCCCAGGAGCUCUGAUAGACGAGGCCAAACACCUGGGCAACCUGAGCUUCAACAUCUGGAACAAGAUGAAGGACAUGGUCUUCUACACUCCUGUGAUUCUGGACCCAAACACUGCUCAUCCAUGCCUGACCCUGUCUAAAGAUCUGACCAGUGUUAGACGAGGAGAGAAACAGCUGCUUCUUGAUAAUCCAGAGAGGUUUGAUGGUCCCUUCUCUGUCCUGGGCUCUGAGGGCUUUGACUCAGGGACUCACAGCUGGGAUGUCGAGGUAGGAGACAGUACGUACUGGGAAUUGGGUGUGUUAGCGGAGUCUGUCCAGAGGAAGGGAAACAUUCGGUCUGGGCUAUGGACAAUAUGGUUCUUUAUAGGUAAAUACAGAGCUCUCUCCCCUUCAGCUCCAGACACUUAUCUCCCGCUACUGAAGAAGCUCCAGAGGAUCCGAGUGACUCUAGACUGGAAGAGACGCUAUCUGUCUUUCUCUGAUCCUGAUACGAACACACUCAUACACACCUUCACCUUUACACCUAUUUUCAUGCUCACUGAAAAGGUUUUUCCAUAUAUAAGAGCUGAGUGUAAAAUUCCACUAAGGAUUUUACCAGUGAACGACUCUGUGUACUUCUGA